AUGGCCCCCUUCAGACCUCUCGUGGCCCUCGUCACGGCCAUGUCUGCCGCACUGGCAGCUGCCCAAUGCGAAAGCCUGACUCCUGUCUCGCAGCCCGUACUGGCCACAGGUUACCAGGCAAAACUCAUCUUGAACGGCCUUUCAGACCCUCGCAGCCUCCAGUUCGACACUCUCGGAAACCUCCUCAUCGCCCAGCAGGGUGGCACCGGCAUUCAAUACGUCAAGUUGACUGACAAUGGCGGUCUGAACGUCUGCGUUGAAUCUCAGAAGCAGCUUGUUCCCAAUGCUCAGCUCAACCACGGAAUCGCCCUGUCUGCGGAUGGCAAGACGCUGUAUGCCUCUACUGCAACCGCCGUGUUGGCGUAUCCAUACGACGCGGAAGCCGGUACGGUUGGCGAAGCCCGGGUCAUCAUCAACAUCCCCCAGCAGAGUGGUCACUCGACUCGUACUCUGUUGAUCCCCAAGAGCAGCCCCAACACCAUUCUCGUUUCCGUUGGCUCUGGACCCAACCUCGAUCUUCCCACGGCGGAACAAUCUUCUGGCCGCAGCAUGGUUCGCGCCUUUGACCUCACAACCCUGACGGGCAGUGCCGUGGCCUACAACUCUGGUGAGCUCCUGGGAUGGGGUCUGCGCAACAGUGUUGGUCUUGCGGAGAACGUCGAUGGUGGCAUUUGGACCGUCGAGAACUCCCUGGACAACAUGGCCCGCGACGGCGUGGAUGUCCACAACGAUAACCCCGGUGAAGAACUCAACUACCACGGCAUCAUCAACUCUACUUCCAACGAGUUGAAGGGUGCCAACUACGGCUACCCCCACUGCUUCGCCGUCUGGGAUAACUCCACCAUCCCCAACUUCAACGUCGGAAGCCAGGUCAUUCAGGGUAGCGCGUCGGGCGAGAUCACGGACGAGUACUGCCAGACCACCCCCGUGCCUCCUAGACUCACCUUCCAGGCGCACCUGGCGCCGCUGGACAUCAAGUUCGCGCCCGACGGAGGAGCCGCGUACAUCUCUUUCCACGGCAGCUGGAACCGCCAGCCUCCCGAUGGAUACCGCCUCAGCAGAGUCGAGUUCGGUGCCGACGGACAGCCCACCGCUCCGUCAACAAGCCGUGAUGCCGCAGUCAACAUCAUGUGGAACGGCAAUGCUUCGGCUUGCCCAGGUAGCUGUUUCCGACCCGUUGGUCUUGCGUGGGGCACCAACGGCAGACUGUUCCUGGUCAGCGACUCUACGAACGAGCUUUUUGUCCUCACCACACCGGCAACGACCUACGAGUAG